AUGAAAAAUAUAAACACCUUAUUCUGUCUAAUGAUCAAAAUGUGUUUAGCUUCUUGCUCUUAGUUUAAUGAAGACUUACUGAUCAACAGCUCAAAUCCUAUGGAAAUAAUCAAUUACACUUAUGAAUCAAGCCCAAUUCAAUUUGAAUUUUGGAGUUUCUAUAUUGCAUCUUAUCAAGUAACCAGCUACCCUUGGAUUGAAUAAGAGCCAGAUAGAGGGUAAAAAAAAACACAAUUACUUUUUGUUAUUAAAAAUUUAGAUGAUAAUCAAGUAUUGUCAUUUAUUUAUUUAAAUUUACUUACAAAUACCAAAGUAAUUCAUAGUCUUUAUUUUGAUGGUAAUAUGAAUGAUUUAUUAUUUAAUCCGAGUGAUUAUGAAGGGGUUUGGAUAUUGAAUGUGAUAACUAUUAACGAUUUAAUGAUUUAAUACGAAACAAAAGAUAAUUAAAUUUAAAAUUAAAAUUAAUUUUAAUUUAUUUUUAAAAAUAAAAUAAAUAAUAUUUAAUUAGUCGUUGGAGGAUCAGGAAUUGUAAUUAUAUUAAUCAUAUUUUAGAUUAAUAACAAAUAUCAAUUAGGGAUCUUUAGAGGAAGACUUUCAAAGUUAUUCAUUCAUAAUGACUUAAGUGAUAGUUACUAAAUAUAUUUGAACAGAAUUAAAGAAUUAAGAAUAAAAGAAUUUGAAUUAACGAUAGAGUUGAUUCCAAAUUUAGUCAAUUUUGAUGGAAAGUAAUAACAGAAGAUUGAAUUCUAAUAAUUUGGAAAGACAUUUAGUAUUUAUGGAUGGGUAAAAUAUUUUACUUAAGAUGUUUUCUAAUUGAAGAAGUAUUUAUUAGUUAGACUAACAAUCUUUAACAAUUAUAAAGAUGAGAUAGAUGUAGGGGAUGAAAUACUGAAAAUUACAGUAGAUUUGGAUCCAUCAGAUUAAGCAAGAUGUGGAUAUGAUUUAAUAUCUCAUCAUUAUUGGAUGCCAUAUCCUUAAUUAAUAAAUGAAAAUGCUUAGAAUGAUCGUAUUAGCUUAAGAGGCAACUUAGAAUAUUUUCAAAUUUUAUCAAAUUGGCAUUUCAUAUCAUUUCAGCAUGGAAUAGAAGAAAAUGGUUCAAAAUCUAAAUUUAAGUUAACUCAUAUUGACAAUAAUAAUUUGAUUACUAAUACUUAUUAUCUUGGGAACAACUAAUUUAGCAAUUUAUUUAUAAAUAAAAAAUAUUAUGCAAUUUUUGGAGGGGAUUAUACUGUUGAUGAAAAAAUGGAAGGAUAAAUAGCUAGUUUUUAUUUUAAAUCCAAUUUUAAAGAUGAUUUAAACUUUAAUUAUAGUAUCAUUGUUAAAUAAUCUUAGUUUGCCAUUAUAGUUGCAAAACUUGUUUUGGUCCAUUGUUUUCAAAUUGCUUAACCUGCAAAGAAAAUGAUGAAAGAGUUAUGUUGGAUUUACAUUAAUGCGUAUGCCAAAUAGAUUAUUUUGAAAGAGAUUAAAAGUGUUAAUCUCAAUAAGAAAUAUUUCCGACUUUACUUUUUAAUGAGGUAAAAAUCUAAAAUUAAAACAUAUUAUGUUUAUUUGGAUACUUUUAUCUACCUGUGAAUUAAUAGUGCAUCAGAUGGUAAUAAUUUACAAUUAAAUAGUCCUUAAUGGAAUUCUUAUAAUUUGUUGUGUGCAGAUUGUUUAUUGAAUCCUAAUGCAUGGUAUAUACGACCAAUUUGUACUAUAGAUUUUAUCACUUAAUAAUUAAAUAAAGAAGAAGAUGCCUAUUCUAAAUAAAUGAGAUCUCCUCUACAUUAUGAUCUUUAUUACAUUGAUCAAAAUUAUAACUUAAUAUUAUUAGAAGGAGUGUCCGAUUAUUGUGACAUCAAGUAAAUAAAUUCAUAAAUUUGUUACUAAUUAAAUAUUCAACAUUUACAAACUGAUACAUUUGCUAAUUGUAAAGAAAAUCGAUAUUAUGCUAAUCAGAGCUGUAUUUUAUUAGAUAAUGCAUGUGUUAAAUUAAAUUAAAGUGAAAUAAAAUGUAUUUAAUGUUUAACUGGAUAUUAUAUAUCAGAUUAAGGCACAGCUUGUUUAUUGUGUCCAGAAUCCUGUCCAUAUUGUUAAAAUUAGAAUCACUGCAAAUCUUGCUAACCAAAUUAUGGACUUUCAAAUGGAAAAUGUAUACCAUGUGGCGACUUUUGCAAAAUAUGCCAAUAAUCAUAAUAAUCAAAAAUUAUGCAGUGUCUAAGUUGUAUUGAUAAUCAAUUAUAUUAUUUAUCAUUAAAUGGAUAGGAUUGUAAGGUAAACUAAAUAGAAAAUUGUGUAUACGCAUUCGAAAGUUCUUAAUCAGAUUUAACUGUGAAUUCAUUAGAUUAUAGCUUUAUACCUUAUUAUUAAGCAACAAUCACUAAAUGUGCUAAGUGCAAAGAAGGCUAUUAUUUUCAUGAAGUUGAAUUAACCUGCAAGGAAUAUUAUCCAGAUUUAUGCUAAACACCUUUGUUAUAAAUAACAGAAAAUAAUGGCUAAGAAUUUGUUUGCUUAUUUGGUGAUUAUAAUCCAGAUUUUCUAAUUUAUUCAUUUACUAAUGAAUGUCCAAGAAUUAAAUAGCGUUGCAUUUAUUGUGUAAUUGAAUAAUUAACAUUUCAUCUUGAAUAUAAUUAUUAUGUUCCUAAAAAGGUUUAUUAUACAUGUCUUGUAUGUGAAAAUGGUUACUACGCUGAAAAAAAAACUGGUGAUUGCCUAUUAUGUCCUUCUGAUUUACAUUGUGUUGCUUGUUAUUAGGAGAAUAAAUUUACGAAAGACAAUUGGAAAAUAGAGAUUCGUGCCUUCUAUAAGGCUUCCAUAGAUUAAAUGUAUGUCGAUCAUAAAUUUACUGAAUAUGGUUUAAGUUAAAAUGAUUCAGAUUAUGAGAUAAUAUGCACCAAAUGUUAAUAUGGAUAUGAACUUCAUAAAGACAGAUGCAUUAAUAUUUGUCCUGAAUGGUGCUUAGAAUGUGUUAUAGAAAAUUAUACAAAUAUCUGUGUUAAAUGUCCUUUGGGGUUCAAAGGAAGAAAUAGAAGCCUGGUAGAUAACUAAUGUAUUUCUUGUCCAAAAAAUUGUAAAUUGUGUUAAAAAAGAGAUGAUAAAUAAAUACUUUCUAUUAACCCACUAUUUAACAAUUAAGAGUUAUCUUAUUUCUCAUAUUAUUGCAUUGCGGGAUUUGACAACACAAUUUUUGAUGAAGAAUUAGGUUUAUAUGUGGAUUGUGAAGAUGGUUCAUGCUUCAAAUAAAUUAUUAUCAAUCUAAAUUUAUUUUGUAAUAACACAGAAUAUCAACAACAAAUUGACAAAUUGUAAAAUGAGGAGUAAAUAUAAAAAUUUAAGCUUGAAAAUAUUCUAAGUGAAGAGUUGUUUUCUUCUCAAAGUUUUUCAUAAGUAAUAAUUCUUUUAGCAAUUUUAGUUUGAAACAUAAGAAUUUUAUUAGAUGGCUAAUGAAAAAUAAAUUAAACAAAUUUUGAUUAAAAUUGUUAGUUUAUAACAAUAAAGUUGCAAUGUAAUAAAUAAAUUGCAAAUCUCUUAGUAGUUUAGCUCUAAUAUUUUUUCAGCGAUGUAUUUAUAAUUAUAAAGUUUAGAGAUGUAGAACUUGAAAUUUAGGGCAAUGGUAUAACAACUUUUCAAUUUUAAUAUUUAAUUUCUUUUGUUAAUUUUAAGAAAGUACGAAUUGAAGGUAUAUCUAUUGAGAUAGAGAAGCUUUAGUAUAGUAGCUCAAAUUUACUUAAAUUUACAAGUAUCUUUGAGUAAACAGUUGAAUUAAUUAAUAUAAAUUACGAUCAGGACUAAGACUAUGAUUAAGCAACUUUUUAAACAAUAAUAGAAAAUGCUAAAAAUGUCUUAAUAUAAAACUUUUUUGUAAAAAAUUAUAAAAAACAAUUUCAUAUCGAAGCUUUUUUUAAGAUUGAAUAAACAUAAUCAGAGUAGACAAUCAAAAUAUCGAACUGCAUUAUUACGAGCAGUUCAUUUUUGGAUUUACAUUUAUUAUGGUUUAAUAUUAAAGAAAAUGAUUAAGUAGAAAUAGAAGAUCUAAAUAUUGAAACUACAAUUUUUAACUAGUCAUUAAUAUAUUAAUUAAAUGGUAAAUUAUUAAUGAAUAAAAUAAGCAUCUAAGAAUGUCAGAUAUAUUCUUAAAAUGGAUUAUUUUAAAUAGAUUCUUUAAAAUAUUUCGAAUUAAUAUCAUUAGAUUUUAUUUUUAAUUAGAUUUAUUCUGGCAAAAUUUUACAUCUUAAUCCAAAUUCUUCGUUGAUGAAUUUAAAGAUUUCAUAAAAUAUUUUCUAAAACGAUUCUCUACUUAUCUAUAAUAUAAAUGGUGAAAUAGAAUAUAUUUUUAUGUAGGAAAUUGUAUUUUAAUUAAACCUUCAUAGUGAACAUACGGCUUUCAUUAAAAUCAUUUCCAUAACUAUACCUAAUACUGAAAUAAUUAUUUAAUAAUUAUCAAUGCUUCAAAAUUCAUUAUUAGAAUUACCUAAUCAAAUGAAUUAUGAUAUCUUAGAGAUAUCUUUAAUCUAUAUCGAAAUGAAUAUAGUAAAUAUUGAUUAAUUAAUCAUUCAAAAAGCAUAUGGAAUACCUGAUUUAUUAAUAAUUAAUGCUAAUAAAUUAGAUUUGAAUUAAAUAACAAUAGAAUAACAUGAAAGUUAUCAAUUUAAAGGGCUUUAUUAAAAUUUUAAUUGUUUUCUGAGAUCUAAUGCAAGUAAAUAUGAAUAUCUUUCAAUCAAAAUUUAUAAUGUGCCAAAAAUUGAUGUCAGAUAAUUACUUAUAACAAAAGCAUAAUCAAUAAAUUAUCCUAUUAUUGAAAUUAAAGCUUCUUUUACAAAUACUAACACUUAACAUCUGAUUAAUUUUUCUGAAUUAUAUUUUGUUGACAAUUUGCUUUUGAUUACAAAUACAAUUAACUUAGCUUCGCUUUUGAAAAUAUAUUCUGACGUAGCUUAUGAUGUUGAUAUAAAUAAUUCGAUAUUUGAAAGAAAUCUGAUGCAUGAAUAUACCUCAAUUAACUAAAUUAAAUCAGGUUUAAUAUUAUAUUUUGAUUGUAAGAAAUGUACAAUCUUUUUUACUAAUUUACUAUUUGAAAGGAAUAUUGUUACUAAUUCUUCAAAUAGUAUUAUUUAUAUUUAGACUAAAAGUAUAGAAAUAUUAAAUUGCAAUUUCAUAUAAAACAGCAUUUUUGAUUAUGAAAUUUUAUAACCCUAUUUAUUUUGGGGUUAUUAAGAAGAUCAGCAAAUUUAUACUGAGUAUAUAAAUUAAAUUUUCCCCAUCAAAGUUAAAUCCGGAAAUGGUUAAAUUAUCUGCUAAUACAUAGUUAUGAAUUAUGUCACUAUAUAAAAUUCUACAGCACCAGGACUUUAUUUAUACCUAGAAAUUGAAGCUUUUGCCUAAAUUUAGAAUACUAUUGUUAGUUUUAUUAGUUCUCAAUUUUUGAAUGAAAAUGAAAAUGGUGGUGCCUUUUUAAUUGAUACUAUAUUUUCUAUUUCUUCAGUGAUAAAUUUUAAAAAUAUAUCUGCUAUUGAAAUUCUCUCAAGAAAUAAAGGAGGUUUGAUAUACAUUUAAAAUGCAUUAGAGAACAUGAUCAUAAAAUUAGAAGAUGUUAUUAUUAAUGAAGUUUAUUCUUUAUUGGGAUCAAUAUUUUAUAUUGAAUUUCCAUUAAAAGCAAAUUCAUAAUCUAUAUUUAAAGUUGAAAAUUUGGAAAUAAGAAAUACAGAAUAAGGUUUCAUUAGAUAUUUAAGUUAAUAUAAUGAACCAAACAGCGAAUUAUUAAUUGAAUUAAAUUAUCACAACUAUUUAUUCUAAGUUGCUAAUGCAAAGUAAGUAAGUUUCUAAAAUAUAUGUAUUUUUUCAUUAUUUCAUGUCUCCUUUGCUAGUCUAGUUUAAAUACUUAUAAUAGAUAUAAUUAAUUUUAGAUGUUAUAAUUCAUCCAUAAAAAAUGAAUUAUUUCAUAUAUAAUCAAUGAACGAAAAUUCUUAAAAUAAAAUCGUGGAUUUUUAUGCUUCUAACAUAAGCUUUUUAAAAUUUAUACAAUAAUUUGGAUAAUGUAGUUAGCAAAAUUAUUAUUUUAAAGUGCAACCAUAAAUAUGCUCAGCAGAUGUACCUAAUGCAGAAUCCCCAAUAUCAUUAAUGAAUAAUUUCACAAAAGAUACAUUAUCUAAUAGCUAUUGUAUUAUUCAAUAAUUGAAUUAUCCAAAAGUCGAGCACUUUACAAAAAGCCUUAUACUUGAUAUUUUAGAUAUAAAUAUUUUAGCAAUUACUGAAUUGCAUUUAAAUAAUAUCAAUUGCACAGAAUGUGUCUUUGGAAUGGUUAGUAUAAGAUAUGAAGAAAUUGUUCCGAAAAUUAUUAUGAAAUCAAUACUUUUUUCUGAUAAUAAAUGUGGGUCUUCUUGCUUAUUUUUAGAAUCUAGGUACCCUUAUGAAUUUUAUAGAAAUUUAGGAUCUUUAAUUCCUUAUGUUAAGAAAAAGUAAUUUCAAGCGAUAUUACAAAACUAUAGAUGUUUUAGAAAUUUUGCUGACAGUUGUACUUGUCUUACUAUUAAUCUAAUAAAUAGUUUGAUUGAAGAUUCUUUUUUUCAAAACAAUACUUCAGACUUCAGUGAUGCAAUAGUAUGUAUGAAAGAUUCGUACUUAAUUAAUUUCAGUAUAUUAAAUUCUGUGAUUUAAUAAAAUAAUGGUUUUGGAUUAGAUAUAAGGGGUUCAUCAAUUGAAAAUUUGACUAAAUUAGGAACAUUAAUAGAUGAUAAUACUGGUAGUUACAAAAAUCAUUUGAUUUAAUCGGCAUCUUCAUUAUCAAUAUCAUUAGAUAAAAAAGAUUUAUGGCCUAAAAUAAAAAUCUUUGAAAGAAAAAAGAUUCUUAUUGAAUAAAUUUAGAUUGGGUAAUAUGAACUAUUUCAAGAAUCACACAUUGAUGUAUUGUAUAUUCCAAAUGGGUAGAAGAUCUCUGAAUAUAAAUUUUUUGAUUGGAAGAAUUAAAAUUAUGUCCCUUAUAAUUUCAGUCUAACUGUAGUUCCAUUAGAUUAAUUAAAUAAUAUAUAAACGACAAAUUAUUGGUAAGAUUGGUGCCUUAUGGAAGUACUUCUUGAAAAUGAAUAUUAAAGAAUUAUUGAUCAAUAUUGUGAUUAUUGUUUUGAAGAUUAUGAGGAGGAAGAUGAAAAUUAUUUUUCAUAAACCAUUAACGUAGCCUUUGAUGAAAAUGGUUUUAUUUUUGAUGAUGUUAUUUUUCAUUUAGAUGAUGAAUUAAAUCAAACAUAAUUAUUACUAUUUCAUACUUCUAUUGGAGUUCCAAUUUAUGGUGAAAAUUAAGAAAUAGAAGAUUAUCAUUUUAAUUAUUUCUUACGUUUAAAUAUCAAGCCAUUGCCUUGUUAGUUGGGAGAAAAAAGAAUUAUUCAUGAAGGGUGUAUCCCUUGUGAUGCCUCUAUAGGAUAAUACUCAGUAACUCUUAAUACUAAUAAAUGUUCUAUAAUCGAUGAGAUCUCAACUUAAAAUAUUACAUCAGCAUAAUUAAAUCUUAGAUAAGGAUUUUGGAGACCCUAUGUUGAUACUAAUUAUAUUAGCGAAUGUAUCAAUUUACCUGAAAAUUGUGAAGGGGGAUUUCACGAAGGAGAUAAAUCUUGCUUUCAAGGUCAUAUUGGAGCAUUAUGUGAAGAAUGCGACAUUCAUAACAUAAGAUUAAAUGGGUCUUUUUCAACAAGCUAGAAAUAUUCCUGUGGCCUAUGUGUUGAAGAAAAGUAAAAUUUUGUUGCUAUUACUGCGAUCAGUUCAUGGUAAUUUUUAUAAUUAAUUAUAAGGACUUUAAUUUCAAUAUUACUUUCAGUUAAGAGUAAUUAUAUCUUGAAUAAACAAAUGAUUCUUAAAAAGAUAGUUUCAAGCCUAAUAAUGACUAAGAUAUCAUAUCAUUCCAAUUUGGGUAUUUUAAUAAAAAUGAUUACUCAUCAUUUUCAAAUAGUCUCUGUUAUUUUUACAUUUAGGUUUAAAACAUUCAUUGAUAUAGGUGCUGCUUUUAAUUCUAUUAGCAAUCCAAUUCAAACAAUUACUCAUUCAUUAGAUUGUUUAUUAAAAGACAUAAUUUCUAUAUAAAUUCAUUAUUCAAGAAUGAUAUGGUAAUUGAUUAUGCCUUUCAUUUAUAUUUUAUUUUUUCUGGGUUCCUAUAGGAUUGCUUUGAAAUUAAACAAACUGGAAUACAGUUUAAAUGUGAUAACUACAACAUUAAUAUAUAUGUACUUAUACCUGUAGCCCUUUUUUGUUGGUGGAUUAAUCUCAUUGAUUUCAUUUAGGAAGAUUUCUGGUUUCUAUUGGAUCUAAGCAAAUGUUGCCUAUAGAUAUGAUACACAAACUCAUUAUUAAUGGCUAUUCACAUUUUGUUUGCCGCUUUUAAUUUUAAUUUCUUUGAUUAUUCCAGUAUUUUUUUUGGUUUCUUUGUAUUUAAAUAAAAAUGUUUUGCAUCAUAAACAAACAAGAUAAAAAUGGGGAUAUUUAUACAAUGAAUAUAGGAUAGAUGCUUAUUACUGGGAAAUAAUUAAAAUUAUCUUAAAAUAGUUACUGAUUAUUUGCCUUUCUUAUUAUGAUGAGAAUAUUAUUAAAAAGGGAAUUCUUUUAUUAUCAUUAGUGUAUAUAUAUUGGGAACUAAGUUUAAGAUAUAGACCUUAUUCAUCAUUCAUAUUAAAUAAAUUAGAUGGUUAUUCAGCAAAAGUAUCUGGAAUAUCUAUUGCAAUUGGAUUAGGAAUUUAUGUUGAUCAAUUAAAUAAAUCAUAUGAAAUUUAGAUACCAUAUUUAAUUAUUCUUCUUUCACUUAAUUUGCAAUAUCUAAAUAAAAUUUUUCAAGAAGUAUUAACUUCUUUUAUUGAAGAAAAAGCCUUUUAAUGUGAUCAAUUUAAAGAAACUAUUAUUUAUAGAGCACCUUGGAUUUUAAAAUAUUAAGUAUGUUAAAAAUUGCUGCAAAAUAGAAAUGCCUAAAGAUAAAGAAUAGCUUAAAGAUAUCUUAAAUUAAAAAAAUACUUGAUUGCUUAAGCAUAAACUAUUCUGAGAUAAAGGAAACAUUACGGUGUUAAAUUAAAAGCUCCUUCAAUCCUAUAGUUUACAUUCAGUUGA